ACCGUCUCUUCGUCGUGCAGCCAGGUGUUCCCGCGUCGCCUGUUUCCGCUUGUCUGACCGGCGGUUGGCCCGGCGCGGAGGCCCAGCUGCGAACAUGCUGCGCAAGCUCACCCUUGACCAAAUCAAUGAUUGGUUUACUAUCGGCAAGAUGGUGACCAACGUGGAGCUCCUCGGCUCGCCACCUGCCUUCCCUGCAGAGGCUGCCCGGGACGAGGCACAGCGCAGGGAUGUGGCCCCCAGCUCUGACCCUGAGGCCGAGGGCCAGGCUGAGGCUCCAGCUGAGGCUUCUUGCCUGGCCCAGGCCCAGGCCCAGGACCAAAACCAGGAGCAGGCUCCAGCCCAGGCCCAGGCCCAGGCCCAGGCCAAGGCCAUGCUGGCACUACCCUGGAGGCUCCUGGGCGAAAAGAGCGCAGAAACGGAAUAUGUUGACAAAUACAGACAACUUGAAGCACAAGAAUUUUAUCUGUAUUUCCUUGAUCACUUAAUCAGUGGGUCAGGUCCAAGGCCACCUUUAGCUAAAUCAAGCAAUGUGAUAUGCAUCCCACAGACAACCUAUAAAUAUCCUGAUUUGCCUAUAAGCCGAUGUAAAGAAGAGGUCAUUUCUAUGAUAGAAAGCAAUUCUGUGGUGAUCAUACACGGUGCCACAGGCAGUGGUAAGAGCACCCAGCUCCCGCAGUACAUCCUCGACCACUACCUGCAGCGCUCCGCCUACUGCAACAUCGUGGUCACCCAGCCGCGCAAGAUCGGGGCCAGCAGCAUCGCCCGCUGGAUCAGUAGGGAGCGUGGCUGGGUUUUGGGUGGAUUGGUGGGCUACCAGGUAGGGUUGGAAAAAAUAGCGACAGAAGACACCAAGUUAAUUUAUGUGACAACGGGAGUCCUGCUGCAGAAGAUAGUCAGUGCCAAGAGCUUGAUGGAGUUCACACACGUCUUCAUCGACGAAGUACAUGAGCGAACUGAAGAAAUGGAUUUCCUGUUGUUAGUUGUCCGCAAACUUUUAAGAACAAAUUCACGUUUUGUGAAGGUUGUCCUCAUGUCAGCCACCAUCAACUGUAGAGAGUUUGCAGAUUACUUUGCUGUUCCUGUUCAGAACAAGAUGAACCCAGCUUAUGUUUUUGAAGUGGGAGGAAAACCCUUUUCAAUUGAGGAGUAUUACCUUAACGACUUGGAGCACAUUCAUCAUAGCAGGCUUUCUCCUCACCUCCUGGAGGAGCCAGUGAUAACCAAGGCUGUCUAUGAGGUUGCCGUCUCCUUGAUUCAGAUGUUCGAUGACUUGGACAUGAAGGAGAGUGGGGCCAAGACCCGGUCGGGCACCCCGUUUGUGUCAGAGCGAAGCAGUGUGCUGGUGUUUCUGCCGGGUCUGGGUGAAAUAAACUAUAUGCACGAACUUCUCACAAACAUGGUUCAUAAAAGGUUGCAGGUCUAUCCACUCCAUUCAAGUGUGACUUUGGAGGAGCAGAACAACGUGUUUUUAAGUCCAGUGCCUGGGUACAGAAAGAUCAUUCUGUCCACCAACAUCGCAGAGAGUUCCGUCACGGUUCCAGACGUCAAGUACGUUAUAGAUUUUUGUUUGACCAGAACUCUGGUUUGUGAUGAAGACACGAAUUACCAGAGUCUGCGGCUGAGCUGGGCCUCUAAGACCAGCUGUGAGCAGAGGAAAGGCCGCGCUGGACGGGUGUCUAAAGGAUACUGUUACAGACUGGUGCAUAAGGAUUUCUGGGACAACUCCAUCCCCAGCCACGUCAUCCCUGAGAUGCUGCGCUGUCCGUUGGGAAGCACGGUGUUGAAGGCGAAGCUUCUCGGCAUGGGUGAGCCCAGGGCUCUGCUGGCCACGGCCCUCUCCCCACCGAGCCUGAGCGACAUCGAGCGCACCGUCCUUCUGCUCAAGGAGGUGGGAGCGCUUGCAGUCAGUGGCCAGAGAGAAGAUGAAAACCCCCACGACGGUGAGCUGACCUUCCUAGGAAGAGUUCUCGCCCAGCUUCCUGUCAGUCAGCAGCUCGGCAAGCUCAUAGUGCUCGGACACGUGUUUGGGUGUCUAGAUGAGUGUCUUAUCAUCGCGGCAUCUCUUUCCUUGAAGAAUUUUUUUGCGAUGCCUUUUAGGCAGCAUCUUGAUGGAUAUAGGAACAAAGUGAAUUUCGCUGGCAACAGUAGGAGUGACUGUAUUGCACUUGUCGAAGCCUUCAGAGCGUGGCAGACCUGCAGGCAGAGAGGGGAGCUGCGGCACCCGAAGGAUGAACUUGAGUGGGGACGGUUAAAUUACAUUCAGAUCAAGAGAAUCAGAGAGGUGGCUGAGUUGUAUGAAGAACUGAAGACGAGGAUCUCACAGUUCAACAUGCAUGUUGAUUCCCGGCGGCCUGUCAUGGACCAGGAGUACACAUACAAGCAGAGAUUCAUCCUGCAGGUUGUGUUGGCAGGUGCCUUUUAUCCGAAUUACUUUACUUUCGGGCAGCCUGACGAGGAGAUAGCCAUGAGGGAGCUGGCGGGCAAAGACCCGAAGACGACCGUCGUGGUAGGUUGCGGGGGUGGGUGGCCUUCCCUGGCGGGCAAAGACCCGAAGACGACCGUCGUGCUGAAGCACAUCCCUCCCUACGGAUUUGUCUACCACCAGCAGCUGCAGUCUCUCUUCAGACAGUGCGGCCAAGUCAAGUCCAUCGUGUUUGACGGGGCAAAAGCCUUUGUGGAGUUUUCACGCAAUCCAACAGAGAGGUUUAGAACGCUCCCCGCCGUGUACAUGGCCAUCAAGAUGUCUCAGCUCAAAGUGUCCCUGGAGCUCAGUGUUCACUCCGCAGAGGAGAUUGAGGCGAAGGUGCAAGGAGGGGCCGUCUCCAAGCUCCGGAACACGCGGGUGAACGUGGACUUCCAGAAGCAGACAGUUGAUCCAAUGCAAGUCUCCUUUAACACGCUGGACAAAUCGCAGACCAUCACAGACCUCCUGCUAACGAUCGAAGUCACAGAGGUGGUUGAGGUGGGACACUUCUGGGGGUACAGGACCGAUGAGAAGAACUGGGAGUUUCUGAAGAGGCUGACCGCCGAGAUAAACCGCCUCACGCUGGUGCCCCUGCCUGUCCACCCCCACCCAGACCUGGUCUGCCUGGCUCCCUUUGCCGACAAUGAUAAGGAAAGCUACUUCAGAGCACAGAUCCUCUAUGUUUCUGGAAAUUCUGCCGAGGUGUUCUUCGUGGACUACGGGAACAGAGCACGCGUGGCGCUGGGCGUCCUCAUGGAGAUCCCCUGCCAGUUUCUUGAGCUCCCCUUCCAGGCCCUGGAGUUCAAGAUCUGCAAGAUGCGCCCAUCGGCGCAGUGUCUGGUGUGCGGCGAGCGCUGGAGUGGCGGGGCCGGCCGGCGCUUCUCCUCCCUGGUCAGCGGCCGCACCCUGCUGGUGAAGGUCUUUUCCGUGGUGCACAGUGUCCUGCACGUGGACGCCUACCUCCCCUCGGGGCUGCAAGACACGGUCAGCGUUCGGGGCAUCCUCAUUGGGCAGGGCUACGCCGAGCCGGCCGAGGAGCCCUAUGAGUCCAAGCAAAGCCACGAAGUUCUCAAGGGUCUCUUUUCCAAAUCAGUAGAAAACCUGACAGAUAUGUCCAUGGUAUCUCCUGGGAAAGAAGACGAAAAGUACCUGAUCCGGAUUUUGUUAGAGAGCUUUUCUUCCAAUAAGCUGGGUAACCCGAACUGCAAGGCAGUACUUCACGGGCCUUUUAACCCUUACGAACUGAAGUGUCAUAGUCUGACCAGAACAUCCAAGUUCAGGUGCGUCUGGAUCGAGAAGGAAAGCAUCAACUCUGUCAUCAUCAGCGACAGCCCGGAGGAUGUGCACCAGCAGCUGCUGGUCGCCGCGUCCCUCUCGGUGAACACGACCGGGUCCACCAUGCUGCUGCGGGAGACCUCGCUGAUGCCGCACAUCCCAGGCCUCCCCGCGCUCAUCAGCAUGCUGUUCGCCCCCGUCAUGGAGCUCAGAGUUGACCAAGAUGGCAAAUGCUAUACUGGCGUCCUGUGUGGCCUGGGGUGCAAUCUGACCACAGGGGCCCCAGUCCUGCCAGAGCAUGACAUGGAGCUUGCGUUUGACGUGCAGUUCAGCGUGGAGGAUGUCAUGGAGAUUAAUAUUCUCAGAGCUGCUGUCAACAAGCUAGUGUGCGAUGGACCGAAUGGAUCCAAGUGUCUUGGACCGGAAAGGAUCGCGCAGUUACAGGACAGCAGUCGCCAGAAACUCUUAGGUCUGUUCUGCCAGUUGAAACCAAGAGAGAAGGUUGUUCCCAAGUGGCAUGAGAAGCCAUAUGAGUGGAAUCAGGUCGAUCCGAAGCUGGUGAUGGAGCAGGCAGACCGGGAGAGCAGCAGGGGCAAGAACACCUUCCUGUACCAGCUCCACAAGCUGAUCGUGCUCAGCUCCUAGAGGGCCGGCCCGGCCCCCCGCGAACCCUGGCUGUGCCGCGCUGCAGGGCCGCUCCGUCUGGGUGCUUGCCUCUUGGGUGGGGGCUGGAGGGUGGUGUUUCUGUUCACGUGGGAAGGGCUGGGAAAAGUCUGGUCUUCUCUAGAAACAGAAAAUCACUGUAUUAAACAUUUUGGGAAAAAUUGUUCUGAAGGAAGACUUCAUUUGGAAAAAGGUUCUCUUUGCUCUCAGUUAUUAAAGUAAAUAUCUGUAGGUAGUGUUCGGUGUGAGGUUCUGGAUCCAGCGAGUGUUCUGCCUUGUUGCCAUGGUUUAAGUGCCUGGGCCCAGGGGAGACCAGUGCUCCCAGCUGAUCACAAGGGGAAAGCUGGGUGUUUUUUCCCAAAACCAUGUGACCUUUUCUAACUUUUUUCCAUGAGGGAAAAUAUCUAAUUUUGGUAAAAAUACUUCCAUUUUGUAUAUCUCAGGUUUUUCCUUAAGUUACAAUUCUUAGUCCACAUUUUGGAAAUGAGAUCACCUGGUUACUAGCAUAUCUGUGUUAAAACAAUAAAAAUAUUAGACUGA